GUAACAUUAGACGAUGCACUUCCUCGACGGACACCGUCACCACCGAGUACAGACACAAGUAAUAUGGUUGAAAGAGUAUAUAGUUUUCCGAGUCGAAGUACCGUGCAAAAAAUUGCAACAGAAAUCCGAAAAGAGCCUGUGAAGAAAGUCUUUAACAACAAGACAAAAAAGAUAACAAAAUCACAUAAAGAUAAAUCAUUAAAAUCAAAGAGAAAAGAAGUUAAUGCAAGUGUCAUUGGCGAAAAGAAAAACGUGAAAUUAGAUGAUAAAUUGAACUCAGUAUUGACAAAAGGGCAACACUCAUUAAUUAGAAAUGACGAGAGGAAGAAUAAACCAUCCGUUCGACGAUUAAUUAGCUCACUUGAAAAAGAAAACAAUCGAUUACCUUUGACUCCUGAUCAAUCACCGUCCAUUGAAGCGACAAUCAAAGAAGAAAUAAACAAAAUCAUAAGUCAUACAAAAAUGGCUAAUCGUCAACAAUUAGCCGAUUUUAAAAAACCGAAAAAACAACAAUACAAACUCGGAUCGCAUAAAACCAACAACGGUUCAGAAAUAAAAAGUACUGUAAUAAUAAAACCAAAAAAAAGUAGUAUGCAAUCAAUCAGUCCUCAAAUUAAUACACCACAAAUUAUCGAUGUUAAAUCGAAAGAGAAUCGGGACAGCGUGAAAUCACAAAAAGUACUUCCAGUACAAAUUGAAAUACAUCGAGAAACCCAUGCUAGUGUUGGCUUAACGCCAGCAACUAGCUCUAGUCUUCCUGCUGGAAUUCCACUUCCACUGAGACAAUCAUCACCAACAACUGGACUUAAAAUACCUAUGUUAAAUUAUAAGAAGAAUCUAUUAUUAAGGAAGAAAUUUAUGAAAAAAGUUCUUGAAUUCAACAAAAUGGUCUAA